GGAGGGGAAUUAAUAAAAGGAAGCUGAGCAGAAGGGAUCUUGAGGUAAGUGGUCUCGCUGAGUAUUUUCUGCAGCAGAUCCGCAGUUACUCCAUCUCCAUUCAUUACAGGACUGGACUGUGCAAGGUAAACAAUCAAUAUGAGGCUGAAAUGGGAACAGUUAUUUCUUGGACUUUUGUUCAUAGUAGCAGUAGUCUGGGCUGAAAAUGAUGAUGACGAAGCAGAGGUGGAUGCCUUGGAGAUAGAAGAAACCACUGUCAGUCAAACUACUAAGGAUAGCAAACCUACAGUUCAGAUAACUUACAGGACACCAGUGCCUAUUAGGGAGGUAUAUUUUGCUGAUACGUUUGAUCGUGGAAAUUUAGAUGGAUGGGUUUUGUCCAAAACCAAGAAAGAUGAUGCAGAUGAAGAUAUUGCAAAAUAUGAUGGAAAAUGGGCAGUAGAGGAGUUGGUGGAAAACACAGUGCCUGGUGACAAAGGUUUGGUGCUAAAGUCAAAAGCAAAGCAUCAUGCAAUUUCAGCUCCACUGAAGAAACCUUUCCUGUUCAAAGGUGAACCUUUAAUUAUUCAGUAUGAAGUGAAUUUCCAAAAUGGCAUUGACUGCGGUGGUGCAUACCUAAAGUUGCUCUCACAUACCGAUGACCUGAAGCUAGAAAAAUUCUUUGACAAAACCCCUUACUCUAUUAUGUUUGGGCCAGACAAAUGUGGUGAAGACUACAAACUGCACUUCAUCUUCAGACACAAGAACCCUAUAACUGGAGACUAUGAGGAAAAGCAUGCCAAACGCCCUGAUGUAGAUCUAAAGAAGUUCUACACAGACAAGAUCACGCAUUUGUACACUCUAGUGCUGAAUCCAGAUAAUAGCUUCGAAAUGCUGAUUGAUCAAACUGUUGUUAGUAAAGGGAAUUUGCUGGAGGAUAUGACUCCACCUAUUAAUCCACCUAAAGAAAUAGAUGACCCUAAUGACAGUAAGCCUGAAGAUUGGGAUGAAAGACCAAAGAUCCCUGACCCUGAUGCGCAGAAGCCUGAAGACUGGGAUGAAGAUGCUCCAGCAAAGAUAAUUGAUCCAGAUGCUGUUAAACCAGAGGGCUGGCUUAAUGAUGAAGCAGAGUAUGUCCCUGAUCCCAGUGCAGAGAAACCAGAGGAUUGGGAUGAAGAAAUGGAUGGUGAGUGGGAAGCUCCCCAGAUUCCUAAUCCAAAAUGUGAAACUGCACCUGGGUGUGGAAUUUGGGAACCACCUAUGAUGAACAACCCUAACUACAAAGGAAAGUGGAAACCACCUAUGAUUGACAAUCCAAACUACCAGGGUGUAUGGAAUCCGAGGAAAAUCCAAAAUCCUGAUUAUUUUGAGGAUUUGCAACCUUACAAGAUGACGCCAAUCAUUGCUGUUGGUCUAGAACUGUGGUCCAUGACUUCUGACAUCUUGUUUGAUAACUUUAUCAUCUGUGCUGAGAAGGAAGUGUCUGAGCAGUGGGCAGCAGAUGGUUGGAGGCUAAAGAAGUUGGUGGCUACUGAAAAUGAGCCUGGUGUGUUAGGUCAGUUGACAACUGCUGCAGAAGAGCGUCCUUGGCUCUGGAUUAUUUACGUCUUGACAGCUGUUUUACCUUUAGGGCUAAUUGUGCUGUUCUGCUGGCCAAGCAAGAAACCUGACGAUGCAGCUGUGUAUAAGAAGACUGACGCUAUGCAGCCUGAUGUCAGAGAAGAACAGGAUCAGGAGGAUGAAGAGCAGGUGGAAGUGAUGGAUGAGAAGAGAGAAUGUAAUCUUGCAAAAGAAGAUGAGAAAGCAAGUGGAGAUGAUGAAAACAUUGGAGAAGGCAGUCAAGAAGAGGAAGAGGAGGAAGAUGAAGAGGCCAAUAAAUCAAAAUCUGCUUCAGAGGAUGAGAUGAAAGAAGCUGAUGAAGGUGCUGGCUCGGGCGAUUGUCUCACAAAACUGAUUCGUAAGAAAAAAGUGAGAAAGGAGUAAAUGCCUUAAUAGCUAUUGAAUGGAGGCAUCCUCAUUUUCCAGAUGGGCAUACCACCCUCUGUACUUCCUGAUAGCAUGCAGAUUACUCAGCUCACCGCUGAGUUGAUAAAUCAACCUCUAUUCCAAGUACCUAUCUAAUCUUAGCCUCCAUACCUCUCUUCCCUGCUUCACUUACAAACCUCUUAGUCUUCCUGGCAAAAAAAAAAAUCGCUUUGAGGGUGUUGUUGGUUUUUAAACUUUAGGAGUGUCAGAAUGCGUCCUAAUACCAAAUGACCAGUUGUGAAGGCAUAUUCUAGUAUUGCAAGGAAAGUUGUAGCAAGUAUUUGGUAACUUUUGUGAAAGAAGUGUUAACCAGGGUAAAAGUACAAAUAUUAUAAAAUGAAAGCUAAUUACAGUUAUAUGGUGACAUUUGUAUUGAAAGGGGAGAAGUAUUGGCAUGUUUUAUGACUGUAAUAUUUGAUAUUCAGUUCGUUUUCAGCCCAGUAUGAGGGGGAAGGGGUAAAUUAGUAUAAUAAAACAAUAUUGAAGAUAAUUCCAAUGUGUAUAUAUAUAUAUAUAUAUAUAUAAAUUAAUUGAAAUGAUGUAGCUUUUAGCACAACUUCCAGUUUGUUUGCAUUGGUGCCAAUGCUUUCUUCCCUAAAUAGAUCUCUUAUCGAAUUGUAUUGUUGUAGCAAAAUAAAAAAGAUGCACUGAAUUUCUUUGUACAUUAUAUAUUGUUCAGGUACACACAAGGGUCGUGUGCUUUUUUUGCCCUCUCCAAUGUAUUACAAAUAGCUGUAUUGCAUUUUAAGUUUAUCACCAACUUAAAACAUCUCCUAUGAUCUGCACUCCAUAUUGUCAAUUUAACUGAGAAAUAUUCUCUUCCUUGAUGGGAUGGUGUGUGUGUGUUUGUGUGCGUGUGUGUUUGAUAAAUAAUUUGUAAUACAGUGCAGUGACAUUCCUAGAUCAUCUUCCGUCUCCGUUUCAUUAUUAUGAAUGCCGAAGUGAAUGAUUUUACAAACCAAUUGGCUGCAAUUCAGGAGAUGAAUGGUGUGGAGUGUACUGAAUUUUCUGGAGUUUUAUAGUUUUAAUGUUACUCUGGGUUAGCAUAAUCCCUGUUUACACUGAUGUUUGCAAAAUGUACAAUUGCUCUUUGAAAUAAAUAUUUAAUAUA